AACGGGCUGGGCGUUUCCUAACUCUGUAGGGCUUGAAGAGGAAGUUGUCCGUUGUCUCCGUUGAUCCAUCGAGCAUCAGCAGAUCACCAGAACCGGAGCCAGGAGCGACGAUUAACCAUCGACCUGGGUCAGCACAAAGCAGGACAGUCAACAUGACCAGAUGUCUCAUUAAAAAGUCGGAGGUGCAAGGCUUCAUCGAGAGGUGUAUGACUAGCGUGGGCACCCAGCCGCAUCAUGCCCGCAGCCUGGCCGAGGUGCUGGUGGAAGGGGACCACAGGGGCCACUACAGCCAUGGACUCAACAGAAUGGACAUGUACGUAAAGGACGUCCAGACAGGAAUCUGUGCCAAGGACGGUGAGCCGGUGGUGGAGAAGGAGAGUGCAGCCACAGCACUGGUGGAUGGGAAGAACCUCCUGGGUCCUGUAGUGGGAAACUUCUGCAUGAAACUGGCCAUUAAGAAGGCAAAAGAGGCUGGCAUCGGCUGGGUGGUGGCACAUGGUUCCAACCAUUACGGUAUCGCUGGAUACUAUGCAAUGCAAGCUCUGAAGGAAAACAUGAUUGGCAUGUCGUUUACCAACACGUCCCCACUGGUGGUUCCCACACGUGGAAAAGAGUGCACUUUGGGCACCAACCCCAUCAGCAUGGCAGCUCCUGCUAAAGAUGGAGACAGCUUUGUUCUGGAUAUGGCCACAUCAGCAGUAGCACUUGGAAAGGUGGAGCUCCAUGAGCGGCGUGGAGACACCAUCCCUGAGGGCUGGGGCUGUGACGCCCAGGGCAAGCUGACCACCGACCCUAAGAGAGUUCUUAGCGGAGGAGGACUGGUGCCCAUUGGCGGAAAUGAAGCCACAGGAGGGUACAAAGGCUAUGGUCUGGGAAUGAUGGUGGAGGUUUUCUGUGGUAUCUUGGCCGGUGCCGAGUACAGCAAACACAUCCGCACGUGGAAAGUAACAGACCGUGUUGCCAACCUGGGUCAGUGUUUCGUGGCGAUUAACCCAGAGAACUUUGCUCCCGGGUUCGGCGACAGGAUGUCCGACCUUCUGUCCAUCCAUAGAGGGUUGGACCCUGCUGAAUCUGGCAGUCCCGUUUUGACUGCUGGAGAUCCAGAGAGGAUAAACAUGAAGAAGUGUGAGGAAAUGGGCGGUAUCCCCUACCACAUCAAUGUCAUCAACUACAUGAACGAAUGUGCCAAGAAAGUCAACGUCAGCCCUCUGCUGCCAUGUGACAAAGUCAUCUCCAAUUAGCCGGUCAAGUCGAGAUUCUCAGCGUUGGAAAUCGGCAACUUAUGCUCAUGAAGUUCACAUUCAGCAACUUGGGAAUCGAACCUUGUUCGCGUACAUUAUACAUGUUGACGUCUCAAUUUUAUUCAUUUUAAAAGUUAUUCCAAGUUUUAAUAAUAAAAAAAUGUAUAAUAACCAACACUUUUGUACCAUAACAAGGAAAAUAGCGUGAAACAAUUGCAUCCAAAUGUUAAUUUGUCUUCAUGAUGCUUUAACUCUGACUGCAAAAUGUAAGCAUUCUUUGUCCAAAGUUUGAGAAAGAAAAGUUAUAACCAUUGUGGUUUGUUGUCACUAACUCAGCAGUUGGGUCAUUCCCUGUUGGUGAGCUGUUUUACUUUGUUGCAGUUAUAAUGCAGUGCAAGUUUGUUACUGUGAUGUAAUCAGGCAACUGUAUGAUGCACAAGAACAUUUUAUUUGAUACUGAAUUCAAAAAUGACCAUGAGAAUGUUUUGCUACUUUAUAAAGUUCAAAUCCCCUUUUUACUCUAACAUCAUUUACACACAAUUCUUAUGUGCCUUAUUCAAUAAAAGCCUUACAAACCCAAACUUUUUUUUCUGAAAUGCCUCAUGUAAUUUAUGGACAUUCUCUGAAAUAUGUAUCCAUUAAUGUAUUGCUGUUAUUAUCAUGUUUUCCUUCAUUUAAAUGUUUACGGUGACUUGCAAAAGUACCCACCCAAAGUAUUCUUAUAU